AUUCAUAUCACUCCAACGUGUGUUUCUUCUACUCGUACACUCAUCAUCGACCGUACAGCACCAACACAAGAAUGCAAGCUCCAUCCCAGGCCGUCUCUCAGUCUCCAAGUGCAGCGACACCUGUUCGACCUGCAAUCCUCGCGCCUCCAAACCUCGCUCCUGAUGAUACCGACUGGAUUUCAAAUGCCAGUCUAACUUUCAAGGUGCUUGCGGGUGCAGGUGAACUGGAUCGCACAGGGAUUGCAAAAGCAAUUGCGAAUAUUGCCCUCCCGAUCCUGGAGCUGGCUCAGAAUAAUAAGAAAGCACAUGAUGAUCUAAAGGAUACUAUCAAGUAUCUCGAUGAAACACUUAGCUAUGUGUCUGAGGAGAUCAAGCUCCUUCAGGAUGGUCAAUCUUUGACCGACAACCCAACAGCCUCCACGCACCCGCUGGGACGUCUACAGCAAAUGGGUGAUGAAUUCAUCAGUCACCUGAAAGAUUUAAAGGAUGAUCUGAACAAGAUCUAUGGAAAGAGAGGGAUCCAGGCGAAGAUCAAGAAACGAUUUCAGAGCAAGGCGAUUCUAGAUCGUAUUAACCAGCAUAAAGAGUAUGUUAAGGAAGCUCGAGAUAAGCUUGGGAGUGCUGUGUUUUCAGCUACCAAACAGAUUACUGCUAUUCAUAAUCAUCUGUUGAGUCCUAAAAUGGUUCAGCCUAUCAGGGUAGAAAUGAGUUAGUGCAAGAAGGGAUAACCAAUCUUCUUGCUGAUUCUCCUGAUUCUAUUAUCAUUAUGGGAUUUGGAGCUGUGGAAGCUAAAUAUGGAGCUUAUAGAUACUUCAUUCCUUGUGAUAUUGUCUGUAGUGCUGAGCCUACUGUUGAGGCAUUGCUGCAGACUAUGUCAAAGUUGAUGAAGUUGCAAUUGACUGAUGAUGCAGUAACACAACUGCAUACUAUAUUCAAGCCAACAAUUUUGGUUUUGGAUAAUUUUGAAACACUUUGGGAGAAUAGUAAAGAUCAAUAUGAUGUUCAGAGACUUUUGGAACAGUUGGAUUCUGUGCCACAGAUUAUGCUGAUAAUUACUAUGAGAGGACAAGUUCCUCCUACAGAUAUAAAUUGGCUAG